AAGAAAAGCGAGAAAGAAUGGCAAGAACCAAGCAGACCGCUCGCAAGUCUACUGGCGGUAAAGCCCCCAGGAAGCAGCUGGCCACCAAGGCCGCUCGUAAGAGCGCCCCGGCCACCGGAGGCGUCAAGAAGCCUCACCGUUAUAGGCCCGGUACCGUGGCUCUGCGCGAGAUCCGCCGUUACCAGAAAUCCACCGAGCUGCUCAUCCGCAAGCUGCCCUUCCAGCGCCUGGUCCGCGAGAUCGCUCAGGACUUCAAGACCGACCUGCGCUUCCAGAGCUCUGCUGUCAUGGCUCUGCAGGAGGCCAGCGAGGCUUACCUGGUCGGACUCUUCGAGGACACCAACCUGUGCGCCAUCCACGCCAAAAGGGUCACCAUCAUGCCCAAAGACAUCCAGCUGGCUCGCCGCAUCCGCGGAGAGAGAGCUUAAGCUAUACGCUCU